AUGGCCACCGAGCUUUGCCCCGUCUACGCGCCCUUCUUUGGCGCCCUGGGCUGCACCUCCGCUAUUGUCUUCACCUGCUUCGGAGCUGCCUAUGGAACUGCCAAGGCUGGUGUCGGUGUUUGCAGCAUGGCCGUCUUGAGGCCCGACCUGAUUGUCAAGAACAUUGUCCCCAUCGUCAUGGCGGGUAUCAUUGGUAUCUACGGUCUGGUCGUGUCGGUCUUGAUUGCCAACGAUCUGGGCCAGAAGGUCCCCUUGUACACCGGAUUCAUCCAGCUGGGAGCAGGUCUCGCCGUCGGUUUGGCUGGUUUGGCAGCUGGUUUUGCCAUUGGUAUCGUCGGUGACGCAGGUGUCCGUGGAACUGCCCAACAGCCCCGUCUCUACGUCGGAAUGAUUUUGAUUCUCAUUUUCGCUGAAGUCCUGGGUCUGUACGGUCUCAUCGUUGCCCUUCUGAUGAACUCCCGUUCGAGGAUCGACGCCACCUGCUAA